AUGCUCUGCGCCGCGCGCAAGAUUUCAGCUGAGUGUGCGCUGCGUCGCACACAAAGCUCUCUGUUGCCAGGGGCUUCUCCCCAGAUGCCUGUUCCUCCACUCGCGGCGCCCCGCCAAUCGGGAUGGGAGCAGGUAGAGGAACACCAUUUCACCAGAUCCUGCAAGCAGCAAGCUUCAAGCAUCACAGCAGCCGGACAUAGAGCUAAGAACGGCGUAGCUGAUUUCUUAGAGGCUCCAGCCUCAGCAGAUUAUUGGAACAAGCUAGUCACCAUGAAGACUCAAGUGUUGAUCACCAUACUGCUGUGCCUUGCGCUGGCUCAUGCCGCGCAAGCAUCAAGCAGCAAUUUCGAGAAAUACGCGGUGCGCAACUCCGUCCGCAGCGGCAGCGCGCACCGACUGAGGUGGCGCAAGCUGACAGAGCUUCCCACCUGCGUCAACCAAACACUCUGCGGAUCACUCUGCGUGGACAUUUUGACCGACAUCAACAACUGUGGCGUGUGCUCCAACUUCUGCGACCUCACCCAAAUCUGCUGCAACGGCACCUGCAUCAACCCCAACACCAACAACGCCCACUGCGGCGCCUGCGGCGCCAGAUGCCCAGGCACCUGCGCUGCGGGCGUGUGCAACUACGGCGGGGUGAUUUCCUCACCUGGCAAAGGCGGUGCCGGCAACGGUGGUGUCGUCCCCCCUGCGGGUGGUUCUGGCGGUGUCGUCCCUGGCACUGGUGGUGGUGCUGCUGGUGGGAAAGGCAAGCCCUAA